AAGCCUACGGGGGUGCCGCUCCAUUGCACAUGCGCAAAAGUGGGGGGGCUGCCACUCCACGCCUUCGCGAGACCGAGGGGGCCGCGCCGCCCCGCCGCGCCUGCGCGAGGCUGGGGCCGCCGGUGCCGCCGUCGCCGCGGGGAGGAUGAACUGGCUGUUUCCCCUCACCAAGGGCGGCGGCUCCUCCUCGCCCGCCGCCCCGCUGCCGGCCCUCACCAGUCUUCAGCAGCAGAAGCAGCGGCAGAUCGAGUCCCUGCGCGGCGCCCACGCCUCCAUCGCAGAAAUUCAGAAAGAUGUGGAAUAUCGACUGCCCUUCACUGUAAACAACUUGACAAUUAAUAUUAACAUCUUGCUUCCACCUCAGUUUCCUCAGGAAAAACCAGUCAUCAGUGUUUUCCCACCUGUGAGACAUCAUUUAAUGGACAAACAGGGAGUGUAUGUGACUGGUCCAUUAAUAAGUAAUUUUACAAUGCACUCGGAUCUUGGAAAAAUUGUUCAGAGUUUACUGGAUGAGUUUUGGAAGAAUCCUCCAGUGCUAGCUCCUAGCUCAACAUCAUUUCCAUACAUUUUCAACAAACCAGCUGGAAUGCCUCCUUAUGCUCCUCAGGGGUUUCCCUUUCUUCCUCCAUACCCAACUCAAGAAACAAAUAGAACAGUGGCAGCCGUGCCUGUUGCUGAAUCAGUUUCUUCAAGCUACACUACAGACAAGCCUGCUGCUCCCUCUUAUGGCUUGAUUGCUGAUCUGCCAUUACCUGUUCCAACGGCAGAAGCCGUGCUUCAGGUUGGCCAGAAUGGAUUUACUUACAAGAUGCCUGAUGUUCCUGAUACUUUUCCAGAACUCUCAGAACUAAGUAUAUCACAGCUGACCAAUAUGAAUGAGCAAGAGGAAGUGUUACUGGAACAGUUUAUGACUCUACCACAACUGAAGCAAGUCAUUACUGAUCGAGAUGAGUUAGUGAAAAGUGUUGAAGAGCUGGCAAAAAAAAACUUGUUGCUGGAGCCUAGUCUUGAGGCAAAAAGACAGACUGUGUUGGAUAAAUACGAGCAACUCACACAGAUGAAGGCAGCGUUUGAAAAAAAGAUGCAAAGACAGCAUGAACUGAGUGAGAGUUGCAGUCCAAGUGCUCUGCAAGCCAGACUUAAAGUAGCUGCUCAUGAAGCUGAAGAGGAAUCUGACACUAUUGCAGAAGACUUCUUGGAAGGCAAAACAGAAAUAGAUGACUUUCUUAGUAGUUUUAUGGAAAAGAGAACGCUCUGCCACUGUAGACGAGCCAAAGAGGAAAAACUUCAACAGGCAAUAGCAAUGCACAGCCAAUUUCAUGCUCCGCUAUAGACUUCCUGCAAGUUACACCUGCCAAGAGAUCGAGUGAAAAACCCAAUAAAGCACACUUUUUAAUAACUAUUAUUUGCAAAUAAGCAUUUCAUCUUGUGUGGUUGUAUUUAUAGAAGAGAUUGUAUACAGAGUUGGGAUGGAUUUUAUACAAAUUAGGAUGUCUCUUUAUAUUCUCAUUGUACUCAAGAAUCCUAUUGCAAUCUUUGCACUAAUUUCUUGUAUUUAUUAUUGAUAGUUCUUAUUAUAUUUAAGUUCCUGCUGCUGUACUCCAUUCUCCAGAGAUUAAAUACCUAAACAUGUAAUUUUGACUAGCUUUUUACAUUUUUAUAAAACAUAAUUCAUAUCUUUUGUAUUUUGAACUUUAAAGACUUGGCUUGAUCUGUGGAAGAGUUUGGGGUAAAUGGUGAUAGGGCUUUGGAAACUGAAGAAAUUCAUAAUUUGAUAUUGUCAGUGGAUUCACAAUCUGUCUUUUCUUGAAGCCAAAAUGUUUAAGAACAAGUUUUUUCACUUUUAAGUAAUAAUACAAACCUAAUUGUAAAAUUGGUUUAAGCAAAGGAUAUAUUGGAAUCGGAAUAAAUGAUCUCUGUGUAGAUUGGGUAUGUUGCUCGGUAGCACUGAUGCACUUAAUUUCAGGAGUGGCUAUUACCUAUCACUGUAAUUAAAGACAAUUUUCAUCUAACAAUUUCAUUUUCAUAUUUUUUUUUACUUAAAGGAAAAAUAAGCAGGUCACCUUCAACUUUGUUUUAUUCAAUAUGUGUAUGUUCAUCAUGUGAGGAACUCAAAAGCACUUACAAAAACUAGUUCUGAAAUUCUUUGUGAAGUAGCAGUUAUUUUUUCCAAGUUUUAAGGAACAGAGAAACUACUAUGCCUGCAGUUGCAUAGUGUGUUAUGUUAAGGCCAGUGAUAGAGUUUGGAAGUGAGACUUAGUUCUGCCCUUUAAUCACUGAAUCUUGCCUCUGGUGAGCUGAGUUUUUUAGGAUGGGGGUGUAUCUGGUGCAAAUGGACAUGACUAAGUGCAGUAUUCUGUAGGAGAAAAAUACAGCUCUUAAAUACAUGCAUGUUUGUUCUCUUGCUCUUGCAUAAAGACACAUUCUUUUUCUUAACCUUGUCAGUGCAGUAGGUUUUCAUAGGGAUAGUCAAGUUCUGGAAGAGUGAAAGGAAUUGUACAGUUCUGAGAGAUAAAUAAGAUAAAGCACUGAUUACGUAAUCUAUCAGGAAUCCUGCUUCUUUCUUGUCAGGAAGCAAUCUGGAGAUAAACCUCUUAGCCAAGACACUGCCUUUGCAUUACCUAGAUAGGGUCACAGAACAUCACAGGUUCUAGUCUCAAAAACUAAAGCACAUCAGUUCAAGUGAGUUCUUUUUCUGUACCCUUAAUCUUCAGUCAGUCCUAAACUCUGUGGUCUUCUACAAAAUUCAGUAAGUUAUUUCUUAUGAACUGGAGAAGGGUGAGUAAAUGUAGAGUUACAAAAAAUCAUGUAAGUGCAAGAAGUUUGUCUCCCAGGCUAGUGAAUCUUCAAAUAAGGCUUUAGUCCCAGCCCUAUUAUACUUUACAGUACUAUGAUUGACUGUCUUGAACUUUACUCUCUGAGCAACUAAACUAUUCGCUGGUAUUUGAUGACAUUUUUCCUUGUAAAGCUGUCCCAAUUUCUGAGAUUAGAUGUCCCAAGCAAGUAGAACUACAGUCCAACUCAAAGAAGAUGAUUAGGUGCCUGUAAAAAUAAACAGCUAAGUGCCGUGGUUAAGCAAUAAUUUUAGGUUCUCUUCUUGCAAAGAAAUGUUUCUACUGACUGCAUAAUACUGCUUGUUUAUUGACAUAGUACUUCUGCUAAUGUGCUAACUAAAGCCCUAAUUAAAAAUGAGAUCACGUAUGUUUCCAAGUUGUUCUGGACUUGAGUGUCUGAAUACUGGGAUGUCUGCAGCUCUGGAGAAGAGUCCAGAUUAGAUUAAAGUCAUCAGUGUUACCUUCUUGGCAAACUGUCUGUUUUUGUGCUGAGUGUACAACUUGUUUGGAAUCUUUUUCUGAGUAUCUAGCUAAUGAGUUUAAAGAAUAGACACACAA